AGCAGCAAGCGUGAGCGGGGCAUUUAAUGAAAAAACUUUUCUUUUGCGACAAGUAAUUACGAACUUGGUUUCUGGUUACUCAUUGACAAUACCGUUCAAUUUAAAAAUAAAAGAGAACUGUGCGUGACUCGGGAUAAAGUUUCAUAAACAAUUUAUGUCUUUCACUAUCAUAACUUCUGAGACUAAAUGAAAAUCUGACCAUCAACAAGAUUCAUCCAAACGUCAGGAUGCUACCUAUCGAAACAGUUUUCCUAGGUGAAUACAUUGGCACCUCGCUUGGUACCAAAAAAAGAGUUCACUGAGAAACCAAUGACGACAAUAGAACUAUGAAAACCAUGAUCACAACAGCGUGAUUGAACAUUGAAUUUCGAAUGAUGUGGAUUUUCAUGAGGUGGAUUCAUUUCGUUACAUUUUUCGUAAUACUUCAGGGGUAUUUAUCAGCGACUGGACUGAAGUGGGUCCGCGUGAAUAUUCCCGAAUUCAAGAUGCCAGGAGAGUCGGCAGUUCUGUAUUGCAACUACGAUUUGGGCGGAGACGCUCUUUACGCUGUCAAAUGGUACAAGGGACAUGAAGAAUUUUAUAGAUACCUUCCCAGAGCCUCUCCACCAGCAACAUCAUAUGACGUAGAUGGAAUUUACGUUGAUCAUUCGAAAUCAGAUGACACGAAAGUGACACUUCAUUCAGUUGGUUGGAGGACGAGCGGUCUCUUCAGAUGCGAGGUGUCAGCAGAAAAGCCCUCCUUCGCUUCAGCUCAGAGUGAAGCGAGAAUGGAAGUUGUGUCACUACCCCAGGAAGACCCAGUGAUAACAGGGGUAGAAUCCCAAUAUCAGAUUGGAGAGGAGAUAAAUCUGAACUGUACAUCCGGAAGAAGUUACCCAGCUUCAAUACUGCAUUGGUACAUAAACGAACAGCAAGUGGUCACUCCAACAUCGCUGGUCCAUUAUCCACAUACAUUGCACAAACAUGGACAGGUUUCUGUGACAGUAGGGCUCAAGUUCAAUUUGAGCAGUCGACAUUUCCUGGGCGGUUCGAUGAGGGUCAAAUGUGUAGCAACAGUUUCUCCAGAACUUUGGAGAGGGGACAUGGAGAGUGUCGUACAGAGUACGUCGAUGAAAGACAUGAGAGAAGCUCUUCUACUUGGUGAGUGGACAAGCCUCAUCCAAUAUUCUCAUCAUGUGAAAAGUUCAACCUGUAAGAUUUCAUCUGUAGCAAUGAUGUCUCUGGUAAUAUCCAUAAUAAGCUGCAUGACGGGACGUGUCAUAUGAAGAAGAAUGGAUAGUGAAAGUGUCGGCGAAUUUGUGAAAAGCCAGUCGUCUAAAAAUGUAGUAUACACAAAUUAUUAACGGACAAACUGUGAGAAAGGACAAGGACGAUAUAUAAUGUGAAUAUUUGAUUUUGAUUCAUGUUUCGGAAGUAUCAGACACAAAGCAUCGAAAAGAGCCGAUUACGAGCAUACAAAAAAGGUUCGUCCUCUAGUAGGUCAUGAAUUUUUCAGGGAUUUUCAGGUUUGCUGAAACAUAUCGUUUCGGAUUUCACGGAGUUUCAUCGAACGUGAAAGUCGUUAAUAAGGUCAAUUGAAACGUUUAUGAACAUAAUAUAAUUUCCGAAGCAAUUAAUAUAAAUAAUAAUAAAUAUCAAUUAUUCGUUUCUUAUAAUAUAUACAUAUUUGUAUUUUUUGGUAUACAUUUAUUUCACUUGGAGAACAAUUGUCAAAUCAUGAGUGAGUUUGGAAAUCAAAUUAACUGUCAAUAUGAAUUCGAGCAGUUUCUUCAAAUCCCUCAAUCGCAAGAAUGUAGACACAUAUCAAUGUAUGAGCUUCAACAAUCUUUCUAUAUUUUUAUCGAUCAUAUCUAAUGUAUGACUUCAAUCGUGUUUGUCACUGGAUUAU